UUGGUGGCCCUGCCCUGACCCCUCACCACUCAUGUUCCUGAAGGCUGCUGGCUUCUUCCUGCAGACACCUGCAAGUCUCGGCUCAAGGGUCAGGAGACCAGAGAAGACACCAGGAAGCCACAGAGUUAGCACUCCAUUAACCCAAGACAGGAGUCAGAGCACAGAGAUCAGCUUAUGGCUUCUGAGGCAGCAUUACUUGGAUGUGCUCCUGGUUGACUCUAAACCCCCUGAGAAUCAACUCCCAACUAAACACUUGUACUCAAAUCCCUGUCCCAGGGUCUGUUUCUGGGAAACCCAUCCAGGAGAGCUUGGAAGGUGCUUGACAGGAAGAAGACCCCGGGCAAAGGCAGCAGGUGCACUAGUCUGAAGGCUUCGUGAAAGCAGCGAUGUCCACUUGGAUACAGCGGGCUCCUGAGGUGUAGGAGUGUCCUGGCACAGAGAAGGCACCCAGAAGGCAUCCCUUCUCAGAAUGGCAGGAAGGGAAGACUCAGGCAGGAAAAGAGGUGUGCCCAGUGAAGCAGCAUGCUCCCGUGGCUCCCUUGUCCUUUCCGGCCCUUUCUUUGUCCCUGUUCUCUUCCCCAAGGCCUACAUAUUUCUCUCCUGGUCCUCUUUAUUUUCUCUUUUCUCCUCCUCUUUCUAUGCUCACAAUGUCCCUCUGCUGUCCCGAAAGUUCUGCUCCGGAAAUGAACCUUUCUGCAGCAUUGUGACAUCACUGUGUGUCAGCCAGUGCCCGCCCACCUGGGUUGGGCCCCCAGCCUCCUGGAACCACUGGCCCUCUAGUAUAGGGCCACCUUUUCCUCUAGGGCCCCUUCAUCUCCAGGGGCAACUUUCAGAGCAUGGAUCCCUCCUGAUUCUGCUGUGGCCCAAUGUUCCUCACAGUCAAGCUGCUUUUGGGCCGUAGAUGCAACCUUAGGGUGUCGGGCCACGAGAGUGUGGCCACACUGAAGAAGCUGGUGUCCCAGCAGCUGCAGAUACCUGCAGAGCAGCAGCACCUGCUGUUCCGCGGCAAGCUGUUGGCUGAUGACAAGCGUCUCUCCGACUACUGCAUUGGGCCCAAUGCCUCCAUCAAUGUUAUCAUGCGGCCCCUGGAGAAGGCGGCACCGGAAGAAGCCCCCCAAACCCAGCCCCUGUGGCACCAGCUGGGCCAGGUCCUAGCCAAACAUUUUGGGCCCCAGGAUGCUAAGGCUGUGCUGCAGCUGCUAAGACAGAAGCAUGAGGAGCACGUGCAGAGGGUGAGCUUGGAUGGCCUGGAGCGGCUGGCCUGUCGCCUCCUGGCACAGCAGCCAUGUGUAGAGCCGACCAAGAAGGAGGAGCCACAGGCUGUGGCCUCAGAGCUUCAGCAACAUGAAGGAGGUGGAGAAGGUGGAGGAGGAGGAGCAGUCGAUCAGUACUUAUGUACUCCAUAAAAUUCUGGCCUCAUCC